AUGAAAUUAUUGUUUGUCUCUUUCUUGUAUUAUUUUAUUAUUCUACAGAUAUCAUCUCAGUUUAUUCUUAAAAACCAUCCAAAUUCAAAAAUAAGAUCUGUUCACUAUAGAUACAAUGCGAGCAAGGGGAAAAGAUGCGUAAGGUUAGUAAAGGUUAAUGUAUAUCGGGGUGUUUUAACAAACGUAAUAAGACCAUUAAAAAAUAAACAAUUUCAAAAAUACUGUUUGUUUCGAGCCUUAACACGUGUAUGUGUAUCAUUAAGUAGCAGAUUCUCAUUGAAUGCACGAAUUUCUUUGUUCAGAAAAAAUAUAAACAAUUUAGUACUAACAAAACUAUUAAUUAAUAAUGAAAUAUUAAUAAAGAUAUUAAAAAUUGGUUGGUUAUGUAAAUUAAGUGGUAUAGUAAAUAAAAAUUUCAAGCUUUGUAGAUAUUUAUCUACUAUUUUUUAUAUUAUCAGUAUAUAUAUAGAUAUAUUUUCAACUUUUAAUAUGUCAUCAAAUUCUUAUAUUUAUUAUAUUUUGAAUGCUUUAUCAUCCAUAAUGAAAAAUUUGAGUAUACUAACAUAUACCUCAAUAAGAUCUUUAACGAAUUUAUAUAUAAGUCAAAUGCUCUCAAAUAAAAACUGGAAUGAAAUAAAAAAAACUAAUCAAGAAAUUUUUAAUUUAAAUAAUGUCCAAGAUAGUAAAAAUUGUUCAAAUUGGAAUAGUAUAAGCAUCGAUAAUGAGACUGAAAGUUUUAAUAAAAAAGAAAAAAAUAAUGAAACUGAAACUGUUACUGAUUCAUUUAUAAAAAAAGAAAAACAGAUUGCAAAUAUUAACACCCAAAUUAAAGACAAUUUAUAUAAUUUAGAAAAUAAACAAAUAUAUACUAUUGGGGAUGUUAGUGUUAUAACAGAAUUAUGUUCUUCGAUUAUUGAUUUGUUAACUGUAAUUUUCUUAUCAAAAGCCACACAUUUUAUAAAGCAUAAUUUAUAUUUCUACAUUGUUUUAUCAUCUUGUCAUUUAUUUUUUUCGUACAAAGAGUUGCAAUAUUUAUUAGCUUCAAACAAUGAACUAAAUAAAUAA